AUGACAGUACACUUUAUAUGGUUCCACGAGAGGUUUAGGGUGCUACCACCAGAUGCGAGCGAGGAGACUGUCCGCAUCUACGCACGGGCCUACAUCAUGAUGCUGUUAUCGACUCAGUUAUUUGGGGACAAGAGUGCGAACCGGGUUCAUAUACGAUGGUUGCCAUUUGUGGCAAACCUUGAUGGCAUGGGGAGGUAUAGCUGGGGUUCGGCCGCUUUGGCGUGGCUGUACCGAUGCAUGUGUCGGGUAGCGAACAGAAAUGUGACUAAUCUUGCGGGCCCGCUCCAGUUACUACAGAGUUGGAUAUUCUGGCGGUUUCCGUCUCUUAGGCCGGCCGGGUUUGAGGUUUUCUCUUUCCCGCUGGCAUCAAGGUGGUCUACCUACUUACCUCCUAAUGAUGGAAAGGAGCAGAGGGUCAUUAGGUAUCGGCUUGCAUUGGAUCGACUGACCGCUCGUGAUAUUAUGUGGGAGCCCUACUCCGCGCUUGAUGUACUUGCCGUGGUCCAUCCAGAGAUACUUACAGAGCAGCACAGUCGCAUGUGGCGAGCCGUGACUGCCUUGAUAUACUUUGCGGUCAUCGAGUGGCAUCAGGUUGACAGGGUUGUUCCACAGCUGGGUGGAGUACAGCAUAUCCCCGAGGAUGCUUUGAACGUAGACUGGCUGCAUGCUAAGGACGGUAGGGGAGGCGAUAGGUGGUUUCCCCACUACUAUCGGGCAUGGCAUGAGCACUGGGAGAACCGAGUUGAUGCCGUCAUUUCCAUUGAGCGAGUGGCAGAUCCUGGCCCAUCUGCAGAUUACCUAGAUUGGUGGUACCGUGAGGCUCAGCGGUUCCUUAGCCCGGGGGCUGCAUUCGCCGAUCCUAGAGGCACCCAGAUACCUCCAGAGGCAUAUCAGAGAGGAUCCUCCCAGGUCCCACGCAUAUCACAACUACCUGAUAUGCCGGACAACCGUCGUGUUGAGCGACGCCGUCGUGUUGGCACUAGGGACACCGGUCGAGAGUGGAGGUGGUUACAUGAUGCGAUGCAGCAGGAUGAUGCAGGCGAAGAUGCUAGAGCUGAGGUCGAUCACCGUGUUCGUCGGUGUAAUGCCAGACGUGGGAGAACUCCGGAUGAUACACAGCACGCAGGCGGAGUUAGUGGGACCGCAGCGACUGAGGCUGGAGGGGAUACAUUCACUAGCAGAGCUUAUUCUCAGAUGCCGGAGUUGACGCCGACCAUGACUAUGGAUUUAAAUGAUCAGCUGGUCAGUCCACGGUUUUAUGCAGACUUUGCUGAGUUGAUUAGGGAUGAUGCUGGCACGUCGAAUGUGCAGUUUGGUGGCCAGUCUUACCAGCAGCAGAUGCCAGAUGUGCAGAUGGAGACCGCAGCUUACCAGCCACAUAUGACGGAGAUGCAUUCCCAGCCACCUGAUUAUCAGGGUCAGUAUGGGGUAGAUCUGAACGUGCCUCCAGGUAGUCCGUUGGAUACUUGGUUCACUAUGGGGGGCACCCCCCAGUCCGCGUUCGGGUUAGACCAUCCAGGUGAUGACGUUGGACAGGAGGCAGCCCGACCGACUCGAGUCAGACGUCCUGCUCGAUGUGGGACAGGAUCUCAUCUUCUUGGUGACUUUCAUGAUGCUACGAGAGAUGAUCCCGAUGGUUAG